AUGCUUCUGGGGGUGGUAUGUGACCAAGAUGCGUUUGAUGACUUUUUUCGCUUGAUCGGUGAUCACAACGUUUUGCAAAAUACCCAAGAAAAUACCAAGGAUGUUCCCGGUCUAGAACGGUAUCACGCAUUAAAUACGGCCAUCUGUGACGUACUAUCAAAUUUCGACAUGGUGAAUUUCGUUCCUCUAAAUGUACAAAGGAAAGAAGAUAUGGCAAACGUGCUGCGUUUAGCAGAUUCAGCGAAUGGAUGGGCAUUCCAUGACCACCGUAGUAGUGGAGCUCGUCCUGUGUCUACUCCGGAAUUUGCGGAAGCUGAUGCGUUUGCCGUAUCCGCUGUGAAGAUCUUGGAGUGCGAAGGCUGUCAGUAA